GAGCCCCAUAGAGACCCCAUAGGGACCCAUAGAGACCCCAUAGAGCCCCAUAGAGACCCCAUAGAGCCCCAUAGAGACCCACAGAGCCCCACGGAACCCGGGGUCUAUAUACCCGGGGUGGGGCCUCCGCUGGGGCCCGAUGAGGAGCUGGUCAUGGAUGAAGAGGCCUAUGUGUUGUAUCACCGAGCUGGGACCGGAUGCCCCUGCCUGAGCUUGGAUGUGAUCCGGGACCAGCUGGGUGAGGGUCGGGAGGAGCUGCCCCUGUCCCUGCUGCUGUGUGCAGGCACCCAGGCCCCGACGGCACAGGGCAACCGGCUGCUGGUGAUGAAGAUGCAGAACCUGCAUGGGCUGCGGCGCAGGGGGGGGGGCUCCAGCAGUGAGGAUGAGGAUGAGGAUGAAGAUGAGGAUGAGGAUGGGGGGCACCAGCCCCAGCUGCUGCUGGCCAUGGCCCCACACUAUGGGGCUAUCAACCGCAUACGGGUGACCGAGCUGGGCUCUAUGGGGCCGGUUGUGGCCAUGUGGUCGGAUCGGGGUCAGGUGGAGGUCGUGUCUUUAAGGGGGGCCCUGGAGGCACUUGGGGGGCUGGAGGGUGGGGGGGGGUUGGUCCUAAAGGAACAGCCCCCCCUGGACCCCCUCUGCACCUUCACUGGUCACAUGGGCGAAGGCUACGCGUUGGAUUGGUCGCCCACUGUGAAUGGGCAGCUGCUGUCCGGGGACUGCUCCGGCCGGAUCCAUGUGUGGCGGCCGCAGGGGGGGGGUUGGGCUGUGGAUCAGAGACCCCUGCUGGGGCACAGCCAGUCCGUGGAGGACCUGCAGUGGUCACCCAAUGAGCCCUCGGUCUUCUGCUCCUGCUCCGCCGACGCCUCCCUGCGGGUUUGGGACAUCCGGGCCCCCCCCACCCGCGCCUGCCGCUUGGUGGCGCCCGCGGCGCACGCUGAUGACGUCAACGCGCUCAGCUGGAGCCACAGCGACCCCUACCUGCUGAGCGGGGGAGAUGAUGGAGCCAUCAGAGUGUGGGACCUGAGGCGGUUCCAGACAGGCACCAGCGUGGCCACCUUCAAGCAGCACCGAGGCCCCAUCGUGGCCCUGCAGUGGCACCCGGAGGCCAGCGGGGUCCUCGCGGCCGCCGGCGGCGACGACGUCGUCAGCCAAUGGGAUCUGGGCGUGGAGGGGGCGGAGCCUGAGCCCGACGAGGACCCCUCGGUGCAGGGGCUGCCCCCACAGCUCCUGUUCCUGCACCAGGGGGAGGGGGAGCUCAAGGAGCUCCGGUGGCAUCCGCAGUGUCCGGGGCUGCUGCUGACGGCAUCGAGGGAGGGGGUGGCGGCUUGGAGGUCGGUUAGUGUAUAG